AGGCCGCCGUCGAGGCGCUGAACGACGGGGUGUUCCGCAUCGAGCUCACCGACCCUCCUCCGCCGGACCCCGAGGACAAACGCCACGAUCCUGGCUCCGUGCUGUUGAAGGAUUUCCCAGGGCGCUGGCAGUCCACCGACGUCGCCACGCUGCUGCACGGCGCGGUCAGGCCUAGUAGCCUGCUGGGCAUAGACAUGCUGCCAGUCGAGGACGGGGAUCCACCUCGAGGCUCUGCACGAGUUCGUCUAAGGGACAUCAUGUCCGCCCGCGAAGUGGCGCGGGAGCUGCGCGGCCAGAAGGUCGCUGGCAGGCCCAUCAUCGUCGAGCUAGAGAACGAGGAGGACGACGGCGACGCGGGCAGCUGGGCGCUCGCGACAGUUGACCAGAAAGAGAAGGACAGGGGCACGAAGUAUGAGCUCUGCAACGACUACAAGCGCGGGCGCUGCGACCGCGGGGACCGCUGCAGGUUCUCGCACGGCGAAGACGACCCCAGGCCAACCCGGAGGCCAGGGGCGAAGACGCCGUCGCCCCGCAGGAGCAGGGAUCGCAGUAGGGGCUGGAGGAGAGAGGCCGCAGCCGCAGCCGCGACCGCAGCCGCAGCGACGAGGGCGACA